AUGAGGUUUCAAAUGGUUUUCUUUACUUCAUCCAUCUGCUUUGGUGUCAUUUCAUCGUCUCCCUCCAUGUCCAACCCUUCGCCUCCGCCCUCAGACUUGAAGAGGAGAAAGACAGGCUGUUUAAAAAUGAGUAACUGUAGAUGCAUCAUGAAGGAUGGCUCAGGGGUGAUAAACCUGGCAGCCAUGGCGGAUUCAGAUGGAUUCUUGGGACACCUAAAGCCUGUGCCAUCGGAGAACGCACCACCAAAUGCAGAAAUCCUUCUCUCCUUCAGCCCCUGUCAGCCGUUCUCUGAGCCCGAGGACCUCGCAGGGACAGACUGCACGGAUGUGGCUGCCUGUUUGACAGUCAGGUAUGUACUUUUUUGUAAAAAUCAUAAUAGUUUGACAAAAAAUACACAAGUAGUGGCAGUCUUUUGUGUUGGUCAAUAUUACAUUCUGUGAAGCAUCGAUAUAGGCCUAAGUCUUUACAGAGGACCCCAAAGAUUAAUCAAAUUAUUCAUUUACUGAGCAGGUUUUACAGAAAUAACAGGUACAUCAGUCACUACAUAAACUAUGGGAGACAUGAGGGCAACGUAUUCCAUUACAACAACAGCUUGCAGACACUGUCUGUUUCAUAUUCUGGUAAGCAGAAGUGUAAAUCAGAAGUGUCAUUAUUAUUGUGGUCUGUGUGCUCAACACUGACAUCAGCUUUCCCUUUCUCUAGUCCUAGAGUACACCCACCCCCUGACAGUAGUACACUACCAUUGUAGCCCCAACAGAUCCACUUCCUUCGCCCAACACUUUGAUAGAGACAUUCCCCUGCAGAUCUGGGUGGAGAGUCCCUGUGCCUGUCCAAACGCCUGUGCCCUGGGGGACGUGGGUCCUGGCACCAUCUUCCUCAUCAUCCUCUCCCUCAGCGCCACUGCCUACUUUAUCCUGGGUAAAUACACUGUAUCCACAUCUAGAUACAGACAGGUGACAGCAGGUGUCUUACUAUAUUACUGUGUGCCCUCUUUUGAGCCCCUUCUAACCUCCCCUCGUCUCCUUCCCUCUCCUCUGUGCUCCUUUCUACAGGGUCCUGUGCUCUGCGGCCGUUCAGGACAGGCAGCGGAGUGCAGAUCGCUCCAGAGGAAAGUCUGUGGUGCAUGCUCUGUUACAUGUUCACUGAACGCAGAGGGGAUAGGAGGAGGAGAAGAUACAUCUCCCUGCGAGAGGAAACCCUAUGAAGCGUGGAAGAUAGUAUAA